AUGAUCGCUAGAGUGACAGUAGUCCUGAGCGUGGUGGCGCUAGCAUCCGCUGGUGUGUUGUCUUUAGGACAUGAGUACGCGGGUGACGGUUAUGGACAGGAAGCUGUAGCGUACGCACCCGUCGAGCACUCAUACGGCGGACACGAAGAGCAACAUGUCGAUUAUCACGCCCACCCCAAAUACGAUUAUUCGUACUCUGUGUCUGACCCACACACUGGUGACCACAAGACCCAGCAUGAGAUCCGCGACGGAGACGUCGUGAAGGGUGAAUACUCCUUGUUGCAACCCGACGGCUCCUUCAGGAAGGUGACCUACACCGCUGAUGACCACAAUGGUUUUAACGCUGUUGUACACAACACCGCGCCGGUGCAUCAUGAGUACCAUUAA